AUGCUGAAGGAUUUUCACCAAACAUUGAAUCUUGCAGGUCUCCCUCAGUGCCCGCACUGGCAUCGGAUCGCUCUGGGAGUCGGAUGGGCUGGGAAUGUCAUCCUGGCGGGAGCUGUGAUUGUGCUGAGUGCCUGGGUAGUAACCAAAGGAUCCUGCCUGGACGAUUUCCGAUCUCAAUUGAAACAAACGCUUUGUGUUUCAUCACUCAGCAACUCAACAGAAGGCUCCGAGUGCAAACUCUGCCCCAGGGAUUGGUUGUUGCAUAGAAGGAAGUGCUAUUGGGUUUCUAAAGAAGUUAAAUACUGGAAGAAGAGCUUUGAAGACUGUACAAUGAAGACAUCUCAAAUGCUUGUGAUCCAGGACCAGGAUGAAAUGGAUUUCAUACGGAAUGUUACAAAAGGUGUAAAUCAUAUCUGGAUUGGACUUAAUGUUACAUCGCCUGAGAGGAACUGGAUGUGGGUGGAUGGCUCUCUAGUCAAUCAGACACUGUUCCCAGUAACUGGCCUUGCUGAACAGAACAGUUGUGGGGUGAUGAAGGGGGAACAGAUUCGUUCCGAAAUCUGUGGUGGUGAAUUCAAAUGGGUUUGCCAGAAAGAAGCCUUCCAGAUAUAA